AGCCGUACAUCCACAGCCAUCCGCCUGACAGGGAAAACCGAGAUAACUCUGAGCCGUCUGGAUAACAGACAGCUGUCUCUCGUCAAUAGUAAUGUUUGCCGCUGUAGAACAUGGUCCCGUCCUGACCAGCGACUCCAACAUCCUGUGUUUAUCUUGGAAAGGCAGAGUGCCGAAAAGCGAGAGGGAAAAGCCGGUAUGUCGGAGGCGCUACUACGAGGAGGGUUGGCUGGCCACCGGGAACGCACGAGGAGUUGUUGGUGUAACCUUUACCUCCAGUCACUGCAGAAGGGACCGACCAACUCCCCAAAGAAUCAACUUCAACCUGCGAGGUCACAACAGCGAGGUGGUUCUGGUCCGGUGGAACGAGCCCUUUCAGAAGCUGGCCACGUGUGACACAGAUGGAGGGAUCUUUGUGUGGAUCCAGUAUGAAGGUCGCUGGUCUGUGGAACUGGUCAAUGACCGCGGGGCACAGGUCAGCGACUUCACGUGGUCUCAUGACGGGACACAGGCGCUUAUCUCCUACCGUGACGGCUUCGUACUGGUCGGCUCCGUCAGCGGCCAGCGCCACUGGUCCUCAGAGAUCAACCUGGAGAGUCAGAUCACCUGUGGAAUCUGGACCCCCGACGACCAGCAGGUGUUGUUCGGCACGGCGGACGGCCAGGUGAUAGCGAUGGACUGUCAUGGGCGCAUGUUGGCUCACAUCCUCUUACACGAGUCAGAGGGCAUCAUGAGCAUGGCCUGGAACUACCCCAGCUUCCUGGUGGAGGACAGCAGUGAGAGCGACACGGACUCCGACGACUACACGCCCCCGCAAGUUCGCAGUCUGAAGUCCCUGCUGACAGUGUGUUUCACCUCAGGAGACAUCAGUCUGAUGAGUAACUAUGAUGACCUCUCCCCCACACUCAUCUGCUCAGGCCUUAAAGACGUUGUGGUGCAGUGGUGCUCUCAGGGGGACCUUCUCGCCGUCGCCGGGAUGGAAAGACCCAAACCCGCUUCUGAUCCUGCCAAUGCCAUGGGAACCAGGAACGCUGUAGUGAAAUUCUAUAAUGUCCGCGGUGAACACAUAUACACCCUGGACACCCCAGCUCAGAGGCCCAUUACAACCCUAUGCUGGGGACACAAGGACUCGCGUCUGUUCCUGGCGUGUGGGCCCGCUCUGUAUGUGGUCCGUGUGGAGCACUGUGUGGCGUCUCUGCAGUUGCUAUGCCAACAGAGCAUGGCCAGCGCCCUGCGUGAGGAGAAAGACGUGACCAAACUCAGCCUGCCGUCACGCCUGGGCUCCGACAUCAGCGCCGCCUUCGCUCCCACCAUUAAGCCGCCCAUCCCCGAUCCAAACAACAUGCGUGAUUUUGUCAGUUAUCCCACAUCGGGCAACGAGCGUCUACACUGCACCAUGAAGCGCACGGAGGAUAACCCCGAGGUGGGCGGGCCCUGCUACACCCUCUACCUGGAGUACUUGGGCGGACUCGUACCCAUCCUAAAGGGGCGGCGCAUUAGCAAGCUCCGCCCAGAGUUUGUCAUCAUGGACCCCAAAACGGACGGGAAGACAGACGAGGUGUAUGGGAGCAGCCUCAUCUCUGGCAUGAUUGACAGCUGUAACUGCUCAGACUCCAGUGAUAUCGAACUGAGCGACGACUGGGUCGGGAAGAAAUCGCCAAAGAUCUCAAGAGGAAGCAAGUCGCCCAAACUCCCCAGGCUUAAUAUAGAUCCCAGAAAAUCCCCCAAGCUCUCUCGCGCCACACAGGAAAUAUCCCGGUCACCACGGUUACCGAUCCGGAAACCUUCCAUAGGAUCCCCUGGUCUAACUCGCAGAGAAUUUCCACUAGAUGAUAUCACUCAGCAUAAUUACCUUGCACAAGUCACCUCCAAUAUAUGGGGGACGAAGUUUAAAAUUGUGGGACUCGCGACUUUUCUGCCAACUAAUCUUGGUGCAGUCAUCUAUAAAACAAGCCUCCUUCAUCUCCAACCCAGGCAGAUGACCAUCUAUUUGCCUGAGGUUAGAAAAAUCUCCAUGGAGUACAUUAACCUGCCUGUGUUCAGCACUAACGUCUUUAGUGAAGAUGAAGAUGACCUGGCUGUAACCGGGCCUUCGGGCAUCACAGACGACAACCCGCCCUGCACCAUAAACAUCCCUAUCGCUCCCAUUCAUAGUCCUGCUCAGGCCAUGUCUCCCACUCAAAGCAUCGGCCUGGUCCAGUCCCUGCUGGCCAAUCAGAAUGUUCAUUUGGACGUCUUAUCCAAUCCCACGGCGACAGCAACAGGGACACAAGACCAAGGACAGGAUUCUGUAUUAACAGCACAGUAUACUGUGCCUACCAGGUACUCCAGUCCUGGUCAAGUGAUCUUUGGAGGACUUGAAGUUGGACGGCUUUUGGUUUCUACCCCUCCAUCAUCUCAUCAGCAACAGCAGCAGCAGCAACUUCAACAACACCACCAACAACAACUUCAACAACAACACCAACAACAACUUCAGCAACACCACCAACAACAACUUCAGCAACAGCAUCAACAGCAAAUUCAGCAACACCACCAACAGCAACUUCAGCAACAGCAUCAACAACAACUUCAACAACACCACCAACAGCAACUUCAACAACACCACCAACAGCAACUUCAGCAACAACAUCAACAGCAACUUCAGCAACAACAUCAACAGCAACUUCAGCAACAGCAUCAACAGCAACUUCAACAACAGCAUCAAAUGCAGCAUCUGCAACACCAACACCAUCAGCAGCAACAGCAAUAUCAGUAUCAACAGCAGCAGCAGCAGGUGCUGCAUCAUCAGCAAAUGCAGCAGCCUCAGCACAUUCAGCAGCAGGUGCAUCAGAUCCAGCAACAGCAGCAACUGCAAAUGCAGCAACAACAAAUACAACAGCAGCAAAUGUCACAACAACAGCAUCAGAUCCUUAUUCCUGUUCCCUCCUUGACCACUGGUCAGCUGUCUGGUCCAAUUAUCCAGCUCCCACAGGGGAUAGUACAGGUCUCUAAUACUUCUGGAGAACAUGGAGUCGAGCGUGGGGAUCAUGAUCUUCUACUGAAUGUUAAACCCACUCGCCCUACCCCACAGCUGGCUGAAGGGGAUGCUGUGGUCUUCAGUGCCCCCUUAGAAAUUAGCAAAAUGAACCCCCCUCCUCCCUACCCAGGUACAGUUGCAGCGGCAGCUGCAGCAUCUGUGGCUUCCUCUGCUGCCUCCUCCAUGGAAACAGCAGGCGGAAGCAGUGGCACGCCACCCCCCGUGGAUUUGGGCGUUAAGAAAGGGGAUUUGACACUGUACCCAGCCGGCCCGCAGGUGGCACAGUACCCAACGCCACUGGGCUAUGAGAGGAUCACCACGUUUGACAGCAGCGGUAACGUGGAGGAGGUGUGCCGACCACGCACCCGAAUUGUCUGCAAUCAGAACGUUUACACACUGCAGGGUCCUGGGAGCUCUGCCACCCUCAGGGUCUCCUCCACCUCUUCCUCUGCAGAGGGAAAGAAAGUCCAGCUGCCAUACUCCUCUGCAACCCUUAACCGCCUCACUGUGCCCAGGUAUUCCAUACCCAGCGGGGAUCCUCCCCCGUACCCAGACCCACCGAAUCAGGCUAGCAUAGCGCGGAGCCCAGGCCAGAGACUUGACAGUAAUUUAAUACAUGCAACCCUUAGACGGAACAGUCGUGAGGCUGCCCUGAAGGUUUCUCAGAUGCUGGAUCCCCAGAGAACUCUCCCUAGUAAGACUAAAGCUAGCACGCUUUCAGCUGUCUACCAGCAGAGGGGCCCAACUGCACUCUACACCUGUAGCCAAUGCAGCAGUAACAGUGGAGCAAGCGGCGGUGCCCCAAGCGGCGGCAGCAAUGGAAUUGCUGGUGGCACAAUCAUCCGACAGGACUUUCCAUCAUCGGGGAGCGGUGCCCCCCACAGCACAGUGAUUGUGCACUCUAACAGUGCCUCACCCCUGGCCACCCAUUCCUCUUACAAUCUGCUGAGUCUGGAUGGAAGUGGAGGAGCAGGUGGCGGAAAUGGAAGUAGGGAAAGGGCUGACUAUGUGAACUCUGCCUUUACAGAGGAUGAAGCUUUGAACCAGUCCCUACGGCACUUAACACUAAGCACAGACGUGACAGGCCUAAUAAUCAAACGGCCGCCACCGUACCAGUGGGAUCCCGCUGCCACUGGGGAGGUUUGGGUCCCUCAGGAACGAACUGCCACUCUCACCAACACUGGUCCCCCCGGGUCUCAUAAACCACCGCCGCUCAUCCUUAAUCCCACUCAGCACCUAGACGUUCCCCGCCUGCCUUUGGUUCUCUCCCCCAAAUCUUCAACAAGUCCAACCGCCACAACGUUUCAGGCCGCGGGAGGCUACAUCACUUUACCCUACCCUCCGGGUGCAGGUUACGGUGGACCUCAGCUCCAGACAAUGCAUGCCCCGCCACGGCCCUGUUCUCCCAAAGAAGUGGUGGCUCCAGUCUCUUUGGCCCAGCAGGACCAGCCUGCUGUCCCCCCACCAGGUUAUCCACCUGGUCUGGCCAACCUGGCUUGCUGCCCUCUACCACCCAUGUACCCUGGAGCGAGUUCUUGCUCAGGGUUGCCCAUGUCCCCGAUAGCACUCCAUCCAUGGGGCACAUACAGCCCCUGUCCACCUGUUCCUAGUCCCUCAGGUACCAUACCUCCAACUUCCCCUCAUAUGGUCAUGGACAAGCCUGUUCUCUCUCCUCCACCUCCCCCUCCACCCCCCACAGAUCUGCAGGAGCUAGUCGGACCCCCAGAGGCCGUGGCAGAGGCUGGAGAUGGUUUCCAGGAAGUGCUGUCAUUGAGCGACAGCCCUGUGCCUCAACGAACAGACAAAUUUUGCAAGAAGAACCGGAAGAGGUUAGACAACAGCCGUGCAGACGAAGCCAAUGUUUCUGCCAUCACCGAGGGAAGCAGCAAAUCGAAGAAGGAGGGACGGACCCUGGGUGACUUUAACUCCCUCAUCUCCAGCCCAAGGCUCGGCGGCCGUGACAAGAAGAAACCCAAGGGCCAGAAGGAACAGCUGAAGGCCAAGAAGUUGAGCAAGGCCACGACCAACGAAUUCCAGGACAGCUCGGAGAGCGAACCUGAGCUUUUCAUCAGUGGGGAUGAGCUUAUGAAUCAGAGCCAGGGGAGUAAGAAGGGUUGGAAGACGAAGAGGAGCCUGCGUUCCGGCGCCUGUGAACUGGACGAGAUGAAGUGCCGCAAGGCUAACGAGAAAGAGGACCGCGGACUGGGCAGCCAAGGCUUCGUCUACGUUAUGGCCAACAAACAGCCACUGUGGAACGAAGCUACGCAAGUUUACCAGCUUGACUUCGGUGGAAGGGUCACUCAGGAAUCUGCCAAGAACUUUCAGAUUGAGCUCGAGGGGAGACAAGUGAUGCAGUUUGGCAGGAUAGAUGGAAACGCUUACAUCUUAGACUUUCAGUACCCUUUCUCAGCAGUACAGGCUUUUGCAGUGGCGUUAGCCAACGUCACCCAACGCCUCAAGUGAUUGACACCAUGCUGAGGUCAACAAAAGGAUGUUGCCACUGUUCUUCACAGCCAGGGUCAUUGUGGAUGUGGAGACCUCCUGCCUGUGUUUGCCAUUCCAGCGUAAGCUGCUCCAGCUGACGGAGGCUGAUGUGUGUCGUCUGUACCAAUAAACUGAACGAUUCACAGGACGCGUUUAAUGUUCUGAUUGAACUGUCAUUUUUUCCCUCUCCAAUCCAGUUUUUUGAAAACUAGCAGUAGUAAUACUUGAAAACUAUUCCUGGAAAAUA